AUGGAUAAAAUACCUCUAUUUCCUCUCCACAUUUUUCUCAUUCUCUUCUGUCCUUGUCUCACUGGGCCGGCACAGUCUCCUCUCCUGCCUAGUCAGCCCUUCAUGAUCAUGUGGGCCGUACCAAACAAAAACUGUUUGGGUCGUCCGGACCCGGCGGCCUUCGGAAUGGAGUGGGAGGGCCGAGUGGCCGAGUUUUACGAAGACUCAUUGGGACUUUACCCUUAUUUUAGCGAAGCGGGUCAACCUGUGAAUGGAGGUCUGCCUCAGCACACCAGCCUGGAGCACCACCUGCAGAAGGUGGAAGGGGACCUGGCGAUGACUUUGCCCCAGGGUGUGGCACCAGGCCUGGGAGUGGUGAGGUGGGAGAAGUGGCAGCCCCAGUGGAGCAGGAACAGGGGGAAACAGAGGAGGUUUUUGGAGGCGUCAAGAGCUCUGCUUCGUGGAUUUUUUCCCGAUUGGAAUGCAGAGGAGGUGGAGAAAUGGGCUCAGAUGGACUUUGAAGCAGCAGCCCAGUCCAUCCUAGUAGAGACCCUGAGAGAGCUGAAGAGACUCCGGCCACAGAUAUUGUGGGGUGUGGCUCCGUACCCAAGCUGCUACAACACUGAUCCAACCCAGAAGCCACUAGCCAAUUACACAGGCCGAUGCCCAGCUGCGGAAAUGUCACUGAACGAUGAACUCAUAUGGCUAUGGAAGCAAAGUAACGCUCUCUACCCUAUAAUCACAUUGGAGAAAUUCAGUGAUGGAACUAAGGGGGCAUCCAAUCAGAUCAGAGAGGCGUUAAGAUUGGCAGCUCUUGCAGGGACCAACUUUGAUCUUCCAGUCUUCCCACUGGUCAAGAGUACGUACACCUCCUCCAGUACCUUUCUGACUGAGGCUGACCUGGUGAAUACUGUGGGACAGAGUGCUGCUUUGGGUGCAUCAGGUGCCAUUAUUUGGGAAAGAUUCCUUUCUACCAAAACACAGAGGACUUGCUCCGAGCUCAGCUCCUAUGUGCGACAGGUCCUUGGCCCCUAUGCUGUCAACGUAACCACUGCGGCACGUCUCUGCAGCAAGUCCCUCUGCCAGGGCCGUGGCCGCUGUGUACGCAAGAAACCUGAAGACCUGGUCUACCUUCACCUUCCUCAUCCGCAGUUUCUGCUUGUGCGGCAGGGUGCAGAAGGCAUCUGGGCAAUGGGCAAACUUCCUCCCGGCUACCUGGAAGUAUGGAGGCGAGACUUUCGCUGCCAGUGGUUUGAAGCGCUAGAGGGAACAGCAGCUGAUCAACAGUCACAGACAACAAUAAAGCCAACUAAUGACAUUCUAGGUGAGAGGACAUUAGUUCAAACUGAACGGACAACUGUUCAAACCCGAGGAACAGCUGGUCGAAGUGAAGGUCCUGCCAUAGUAGCUGCCAUGAUGCCCGAUGAACAAAAAACAACAGUUAGUGGGCACUCUGCCAACUAUGUGCCCAGCCUACUGUUUUGUGUUCUGUUAUUCAUCAGCCUCACAAACUCCAACUUCUAAAUCUGAUCUCAGAACAGAAGGGAAUUGUAAGAGAACCUAAUCAGGUCUUU